AUGGAGGAGCACAGAUGUCCGCUGUUAGACUCGAACUCUUGCAAGAUCGAGCUCUUCGUCGAGAAGCUGGCGGAGAGCCGUGUCCUGGGCGACGCAUUGCAUGGCUUCGUGGAAUCUUGGUUGACAGCAGCAACGAAGGUUGAAAGAGCUGCAGCGAAAUUACAGGUAGAAGGCAGCGACGUCAGCAGUGCGUCCGAGUCCGACAGAAACAGUACGAUGGCAGGUGGCGAACGCCUGAAGCGCAUUCAGAGCAUGUUAUUAGACGGAGACCUGGCCCAGUCGCGCAAGCGAAGUACUAAGGAAAGAGAACGACCUCCCGAGGAUGCAUUGGUCGACCACGUGGCAGCUGAAGCUGUUAUCGCACUUUUCGCGAGUAAAGCGGACGGCGCAGAAUUGCGAGCCGCGGAGCUGGAGACGCAGUUGCCACAGCACUACGGGCUUGUCGCUCUCGAUGAACCAAAAACAGUACCACUGGGGGAAAAUGAACAACUAAGGCGGGUAUCAUCAAAUGAAGACCUCACACCUCGAGCUCCUUCCAAGCAGCUUGCUGCAACCCGGCUCUUUUCCCACCAGUGUCGUCAUUUUCUGAACAUGCACCUAGAUCUCAUCCAGCAGGGCGCCAAUGGACACUGGAUGUUGCAAAGCCUGCGCGAGGAGGACCCGUACGACGAGUCGAGGGACAAAGAACGGCUUCAGCUCGAGCAUCGUUUUCGUGACUGGAUGAACGGGUUUGUGGACGCGCGGGACAAGCUGAUACAGAUUUGGAAGAUGCGCAAAGACGUCGUCGGGAUGAUGGCUCCGGACCGCGAGAACUACUAUCCUUUGACGGAGAAAAACCGCGACUUUUCCCAAAUCGACUGGAACUGGUUCCGGCUGCCGAACUCCUGGUCGGUGGACCGGGAGAUGAAGAGGUGGAACGUCGUUUGCGGCCUCGUGGAACAAACUGUCUGGGAAAAAUUUCGCGUGUGGCCGCGGCGGGGUACAAGAUCACCGCACCGUUAUAACAGCACCGCGUUUCGCCCAAGACGAGCGAAGGCUGCGAAACAGGCUAGUACAAUGGGGCCCCCGAAGGUUAUCCACAUAGCGGAGAUUGGCGUGUUCGUCGGCGAAACUUCGCUGUACUUGCUCAGCCGGUGCUUUUUGCGCCUCUAUCAAGAGUCGAAUGUCCUCGUGCAGUACCACCUGAUUGACCCCUGGCAGUCGAACACUUUCGGCGGGUGGAACCCCUGGGAAGUCAAAAGCUGGCUCCUCGAUUUCUAUCGCGCGACGCGGGGAGACACGGCGAAAAUGACGGGGAGCGACGUGUACAGAACCCUCAUGCGGAGAGUCGGGAACGCCACGACCUUGUAUGGGGAUCGUCGUUACGGGGACGCACCCGCAGCGCCAGAGGCUCUCGGAAGGCCGCCCACAGGACGAACGAGAGGGGGCUCUGAUGCUACGCUGAGGAGUGCUUCUGUUGCCGAUGGCACCGGCGGUGGCGGUACAGCCGCGAGCUUUGCCUCGGCGUUAGCCGGAAAUAAGGAGAUGUCCUCUGCGACGCCGUGUCUGCGGAAGAAAAUUCACUCCAGGAAAUCUCCACUUGCUGUGUACGAAGUUCAGUAUCACGACCUCCACGGACGGAGCGCGUUGUGCGGUGUGUCCGAAAUAAAGAUUCCGGAAAAUCUGCCAGGCGUAUUCUUCCAUCGCGUCCUUUCGCACAGGGCAAUAGAGCGGAUAAGUGUCCUAGAUCUGCUUUACAUAGACGGGGAUCACAGCUUUGCUGCCGUGCAUGCCGACCUCCGAAACUUUGUGCCGAUUACGCGGCAUGUGGUCGCUGGGCACGACUUUGACUACUACAAGUUCCCAGGAGUUUCGAUGGCUGUUAUGAACGCCAAAGUGCCCACGACGGACGCUUUUCGGCACUUCGGGUUCAGAUUUCAGCAAGACCUCUACCUCGACUCAGACAAUACUUGGUGGAGUCGAUUAACCUCUAUGCCUGAAUAGAAAUUUAGAAAAGCGAGAACAAAUUGAUGUGCUCGAAUCUUCUCGGUGGAAUGUCAACUGCAUAAACUACUCAUGGGGAGACGCAUCAACCACCC